AAACAAAAAACAAAAACAAAAAACAUGGAUUACCCAUAUGCAACUACCCAUAGAAGAUUAAAGCAAAUUCAAGGUCAUUUUAUGACGCCACAAUCAUUGAAAGUUUUACCUCAAUUCAAUGUAAAUAAUAGUAAAUCAAAUUUAUUGUCUGUGUGGGAGAAACUAAACACCUCAUCAAGACUAGGUGCAAUAUCGAUACCUCCAUUAACAACCUAUUAUAUAUUUAAACUAUUAAAAGGAACAAAGCACAGGUUUAUAAAUAGCAAUAAUAAAGAUAUAGAAAAUAUUAUAAAAGAGAUUUCAGGAAAUGAUAUAUUUGAUAAAGUUGUUAAACUGGUUGGUAAAGUGAUUGGUUUUUUGGGUGUAAUUCAAAUAUCGAGUAGAAUGCAAACUUUUCUAGGAGUAAAACUAACGUUUAGUAGAUCUUAUCAAUUACUUUUAACUUUAUCUUCAAUUUUAGAAACCAUUUUAUCAUUUACAAAAAUUAAUCAAAAGUAA